CUGCGCCUGACCAACGAGACUCUCUCACGCGCAGGAGAGGGAAACAGCUGGGGCUCUCGAUCGCUCCCUAGAGUUCACAGGGUUUGUCAUUGGGGUGGAGCCUAUCACAAGUUUCAAAGAAUGAGAAGUGUGAAUCAGAAGUGCUUGCCUCUGACUGUACACUCUGCUGUCUACCAUGAGCAAAGAAUACUGAUUGACCAAAAUGGCACCUGAACGGCUGGGGUCAAACACAAAACUGUCCACAGCAGCUUUUCUUCAGAACCUUCGAAGCAACCACAUUUCUAUAUUUAUCACAGAGUGAAACCUUUAGUUGAACUUUUCAACUGAUGACACAAUGCCUCCAUCGAGCAUUCAGUACACUAAACUGCGAUGGUUAUUAACCAUUGCUGGACUGUUCUUGUACAUGGUGGACAUUUGGACAGACGUCGGGCUGGCAGUGAAAUAUUAUCAAGAGAAACAUUUUGUGUGGACUGGACUGACUCUGGUGUUUGUUCUGGCGGGGGUGCUGGUGACACAGAUCUUCAGCUAUACCUGGUACAGGGACGACAUGAAGGGUUCUCUGGUGAACGUUGUGGGAGGACCAAACAUAUCAGGCAUGUCCACAAGUAGACUUGCUGUCCUGCACCUAUUUGGCAUGGGCAUCUUCACCAGGUAUUAUCGCCUGCUAAGGGUAGGCUUCAAAGUGGUUUGGACAACAACAGAUUCCGAUACAGUGGAAGAGAGAAGAAAUGUGCACCACAAUCUGUUUUGCCUGGCGACAGAUCUGAGCAUGCUCAAACUGUUUGAGGCUUUCUUGGAGAGUGUUCCCCAACUCCUUCUGCAACUAUACAUAGUGAUGGGCCAGAAUGAGUGCUCACUCAUUCAGUAUUUCUCUAUGGCAUUCUCCUUCUUUAACAUUGCCUGGGCCCUGGUUGACUAUCGCCGCUGCCUACGCAGAUCCCUUCCCCACGUCUGUGAGAUGCCCUCUGGCCUCCCCACAGCAAUCUACCUCCUCUACAAACUCUGCACCAUCACCAGCCACAUCCUCAGCUACGCCCUCCUCCUCAUACUGAGCCCCUACAGCACAAUAGCCCUCACCAUCGUCUGGUUUCUGGCUACAAUAUGGACGCACGUGCUCCAGACCAACUUCUGCUCAUCCGGUAAACUUGAGCUGCUGUACCGAGCAGUCAUCGGAGUCAUCCUCACAUUCACCUUUUUCAACGUCAAAGGACAGGACACCAAAGUAGCGAUGAUCAUCUACUACUUGUUCUAUGCUAUUACAAAUAUUAUAGCUCCUUCACUGCUAGCUUUUUUGAAACCAGAGUUGCAGACAGCCACGUUUUUGCUGACAGUCGGUGGUCUAAUCUUUGGAGGUUCAGUGCUGGGGCUAGUGUGUCUCGUGCUGUACUACCUCCUCCUGCAUCCCAGAGAGAAGUGGCAAGAGGCUGAUGAGGUGGACGGCCUGGAGAAUCAAACAGAGACCACAAGGAGAAUAAGGAACUUUUUACAGCCUUGAUAAUAUUAACUAUUUCUGGUUAUGGGGGUGCAGAGAAAAAGAUUGCUGUACAUUGUAUUUAAUGAGGAAAAAAAGCCUGUACAGAGAGAUGUGACGUCAU